UCCGUGGAGCCCCAUCUGGUAUAUCACAAGUCGCCCAUGCCCCCCGCACUAGAUACCAUGCCACUUUUCCCGCCACCGACGAGAUCAACGCUGCGGCAGAUGGGCCAGCAGUAUGCAAUGGGUUUGUCUCAUAACAAGCCACGCUACAACAAGGCCCUCCGUACCCUUCGCAAAUUUGUCAACGAGCAUCUUGAUGUGACGAAGAUGUGGCACGAGCAGGAUGAGGCCAUGGUGGCACUAUACACUCUGGAGGCAUCCAAAGCAGACAAGCUGUUGACUUUGUAUGAGGCUUCUUGGCCAGCCGUAUACUACGCAAAAAAGCGUCUCCGUCGUUUGCAACAGCGCCGGAAUCAGCCUGGCCGCGGUUCAUCAGAAGUUAUCGAGAUAGAUGAAUCUACGGACGGCGAGGAACCCCACCGUGAUGAUGAAGAUGUCAACACUGCGCCUCAUUUAGUACCAGUUAAGCCCAGGAAGAAUAUGGCAUCUAAGCUCAAGGUCUCCUCUCAGUCAAUUCAAGCAUCAACAUCUCAGCUACCCUCAGUGAGCGGCUCCUCUAACCAAGAUUCUAGUGUCGCUGGCUCUUCAAUCAUCGCGUCCAUGUCGGCGUUUCGCUCUUACCUUGAUGACCUUGAUCCUGUUCUUGCUAGGCAUUUUGAACAGCUCUGGUCUGCAGGAAUCAACUGUGAAGAUCAUCUGAAGCUUUUGCUGGGAUUUCCCUGGCGCGAGAAGGAGAGGUUCUUGUUAGAGCAUUGUGAUAUCAAGACUCCCAUCCAAGCCUUCGAUGUUUGCCUAGCUCUCGAGAAGGCGAGAGCAAAGCUUUCUGUUGAUAUUAGAGAUUGAAAAUGCCAAUUAGUGUAAUAUGUUUCUUGUGGUUGAGUACAAAAGUAAUCCAUGUUUGCAUUUACCUCCUUAGA